AUGAACUUCCUCUCAAAGCAGCGACUGAUGUCGCCCAAAUUUAUGCGCAUCUCGAUCGGACUUGGGGUUACUUUUGCAGUCAUCAUCUUUCUCUCAGUCAUGGCGGCCGUCGUCCCUCAUCCGGCGCUCCCCAAAAUCACCCUCACAUACGCCAACCAGUCCAUCUACAACGAGUCCAAGGUCGCUCUCCUCAUUGAGAACCGACCGCAGCCCAUCAUCGUGCCUCUGAUGCUCAAGUUCAUGUAUCAGAUGCCUCCCGACUGGCGAUUCCGCUUCAUGGGCUCCCCCGAGUCGGUGGCCUUUGUCAACCAGUCUGCCGCCAUGCGCGAGCAUGUCAAGUCUGGCAAGGUCGACUUGACCUACAUCCCCGCCAACAUGAGCACUGCUGGUCAGGAGAUGAUCAGUCGUUUCUUGACGACGCUGUGGCUAUACGAUACUGUGCUGCAGCCUGCCGAGAUCCUCCUCGUAUUCCAGACCGACUCGAUGGUCUGCGCCAACAACAAGCGCUCCAUGGAUGACUUUAUUGGCUACGACUGGGUUGGUGCACCUUGGAGUGUCGGAGGACGUUAUGGAGGAAAUGGAGGACUCUCGAUCCGUCGCGUGAGCCGUAUCAUCGAUAUCCUGCGCAACCAGCGUCGCAUUGAGGGCAGCCAGCCUGAAGACGUCUGGCUGUCUGAACGUCUUGGACAUCACAAUGCCGGCAGCGUCGCCAACGGAUCUAUAUCAUCGACCUUCUCUGGAGAGAUGAACGGAGGCCCGGCCGAGAUUGUGCCUGAGCCUGAAUGCGACGCCGACCUCGAUGAUGAUCAGGAGGAGUGCGAGUGGGAGAACCUGCGAAACAAGCUGAGCGAGCAGGGUCGACCAGGCGACUGGGUCAAGGGCCUUGACGACUGGAGGAACGGAUUCUAUGAGCCGAUGGGCUAUCACAUUGGCGGUGCCGGCCAGCUUCACGGCGCUGUCUGGGGACGAAAGGAGAAGCGAGAUCACAUCUACUCGUAUUGCCCCGAGGCAAAGAUGGUGUUGAAGAUGGACUGGGCAGAGUAUAUACCAGGCAACUGCGGAGAGUCCUGGUAA